AUGGUGAACUUCGUUACUUUUGCCUUGGCGGCCGUCUUUAUUGGCUUUUCAAGUUCUUUAGAAGAUGAUUUUAGCCGACUCUUUUAUGACAACAAGGAAACGUUCGUAGAUAAACGGAUAGUUUUUGAAAAUCCAUUACCGAAAUGGCUACGUGGUUCACUGGUACGAACCGGUCCCGGGAUGUUUGGAAAUGGACCAAGAAAUUUUACACAUGCUUUUGAUGGUUUUUCAAAGAUUCACAGUUGGAAAUUCUAUGGAAAUGGUUCAGCAUCUUUUUCAACGAAUUUUGUGCGUUCAUCUGUCUAUAACAAUUCCAUAAAAAUAAACAAUAUUGACAAUUACUUAACUUUCGAGAAGCCUAUUCCACCAUUUUCUUUAAUGCAAGAGGAACUUGGGCUCUUGAAGGGAAUGGAUAAUAUGAAUAUCAACGUUUAUCGAUUUUUGAAUUCAGGUACGGGACAAUAUGAAUAUGCAACUUUAUCAGAUACAUGGAAAAUGUACCAAAUAGACCCACUUACGGUUGGAACCAUUUCACCUGUAAAUGCAAUGAAACCAUCAGUUCCACAAGACUUCGUUAGUUUGAUGUCGUCCGCCCAUCCAGUUCCGGAGUACGGCACAGGACACCAUUUUACCUUUUUAACCAGCGUUAGUGUUCUUCCUGGAGUUCAGAGUCGAUUAUCACUCAUGCGAAUAAAAUCUACACAUGAAAGGGAAUUAGUUGCACAAUGGGGAGUUGACAAGGCACCUUAUAUGCAUUCUUUUUCUGUUACUCAAAAUUACGUCAUUCUGCUUGCUGCACCGUAUUUUGUGAAUGUAGAGUGGAUGUUGAAAAAUGCAGAUGCCUAUUCUGGGCUCCAAUGGUUUCCCAAAGAAAAAGCUAAUUUUUACGUUAUUGAGAUAAAAACUGGUAAAGUAACUGCUAUCUCCACACCAAUAACUAACCCUACACAUCAUGCAAAUGCUUACGAAGAAGAUAACAAAAUUAUAAUUGAUAUAUGCACAACUAAAGAUCCAUUUUUCGCCACAACUUUUGAGGUUGGUGUAAUUAGAGAUGUAAACAAAAGAAAUAAGGCAGACUAUACGCCACUCUUCAGUCGAUAUACUAUAAACGUAGAAUCAAAAACAGCCAUAGAAACAAAAUUUCCACCUAAUUCGUCGUUUCCUUUUCUAACCUAUUUCGAUAUUCCUGCUAUCAAUGAAAACUAUAGACAUAAAAAGCAUUGUUUUGUUUAUGGCGUUUCAUUUAAAAAAGACUUCAAAUCUUUCGCUAGAACUGCACUUUUGAAAAAAGACACUUGUGGAAAAAAUAAGGACAAUGCCUGGUCAUUGGAUGGGCAUUUUCCAAUGGAAAUGUGGUUUGUUCCAAGACCAAACUCUACGGAAGAGGACGACGGUGUUCUACUCACUCCAGUUCUUGAUGGAGCAAAGAAAGAAAGUUAUCUGAUGAUACUCAAUGCUACAACAAUGACUGUGAUGAAUAGAGGUUACUUAAAUACGUCACUUCCUUUCACCAUUCAUGGUCGCUUCUUUCCGGAUGUUGUUUAAAUAUCAAAUGCAUCAAUAACAUUUAAAAAAUGACUAUUUCACGACAUUCCUUUGUCAACAUGCGGGUAUGUAGAGGCAAGUGAGCAACGUAUCUGAUAUUUUUCACAGUCAUCUAAACGUGAGUUUUGGAAAGUAUGACUUGUUUAUCAAACCGGAAUGCAUAAGAACACAAAGCUUCUGACUGAUUUAUUGUCUUGGUUAAAACUCAAGAUUUGUUCUUGCUUCUAUUAUACAUGUUCUAAACUAUAUUUUGUUAUCGACUAGCACAGUC